CCUACACUUGCCCCAGUCGUCUCGUCUCAUCUCAGUCGGCAGCCGAGAGAGUUUUGUCCCUCGGUCUCUCCCUCCACAGAUCCCGAUUCGAUCAGCCGCCAUGGCCCGCUCCUCCUCGCAGUCCCAGUCCUCCGUCGGCGGCGCCGGCGCCGGAGCCCGCCCGGCCACCGUUGGCCCGCGCGGCACGGCCGCAGCUGCCGCCGGCAUGCGCCGCCGCCGCGCCACCGCCAGCGCCGGGGGAGGGGGCUUCUCCGGCGGCGGCGGGAGCAACAUGCUUCGAUUCUACACCGACGAGGCCCCGGGCCUGCGCCUCUCGCCAACCAUGGUACUCGUCAUGUCGCUGUGCUUCAUCGGAUUCGUCACCGCCCUCCACGUCUUCGGCAAGCUCUACCGCUCCCGCACCGCAGCAGCCUCCGCGUGAUCCAUCCCAUCCCAUCCCUCCGGCGCGAGUAUCAUCAGAUCACAAGGUUUUCAAUAUAUCAUCAUCAGUCUACUUACUCUUGUCUUGCCUAGCUUUCCUUCCUCUGCUAGAUCUGGAGAGAGAUGAAUGGAACCCUACAACUUAAAUGAUGCCCUUUCUUUUGCCUUGUUCUUCCCCUUUCCUUUUUUUAGUGUCUUUUUAUUUACUCCCAGAUGCAAAGAGUUGUGCCUAGUCACUGUAAUCAUGGGGAUUGCUACAAUUAAUUUUGCAUCUCAGUAACUUAGCGUGUGCUCCAGGAAUCGUGCAUCUUGCAUCUGAAUUUGUUACUUGCUUAACCAUCCAUCUUUGUUUGCUGGCAUUAGAAAAUUGGAUUGGAUGGCUCCUUCGCCCUGGUGAUUACAUCUUGUUAUAAUUUCAGGAGAGUACCUAUUACUAUAAUUAUACUUCAGUGCUUCUGUA